UUUUGUUGUUACACAAUGUACCGGUAUCCAUUUCUUAAAGUAUACGAUACCUAUAAGGAUGUCAUACGACUUGCAAAAUACUAAGACAAUGAACCGCAUGGGUAUUGUGAUAGUACAAAAAACAAACAAAAAAAACCACAUAACUAUUUAUUCUUAUUCGAUAGCGCCGGUAGCAUCACUGUACAGCGGCGCCCGGCGAGCUCUGUCUUGUUGUGCACGCGCCGCGUUCUGGGCGCUGCUGCUGCUGCUGCAAUGGCGGCGCUGUGACAGGGAAGACGGUGGAAGAAAGCUGCUGGACUUCAAUUAGUUUGGUUUUCUUUGCAAGAGCGAGUUAACCAAAGGGGGAGUGGAAAAAAAGACAAAGCACCCCGAGCAAGUCAGCGGAAAAGGACGAGUCUCGGGGCUGAAUGGUCCUUUAUUUUUAGCACCCCGAUUUGCAUUGCUUUCUACUAACCGCGGAGUGUAUCGGUGUGCAUAAACCACCACCCACUGCCACUGGCCAGGAAGAUAGAUACCCAGGGAUCUACCAGAGAGACCGGCAUGGCUGAGCGCUGUUCCGCCGGUUUCUUGCUGAUGGAGCCGACAGCGGCGAUGGCGAUGACUCUCCCCGCGGAGGUGCGGGAGAAGCUGGCGGAGCUUGAACUGGAGCUGUCGGAAGGGGACAUCACACAGAAGGGCUACGAAAAGAAAAGAGCCAAGCUGCUGGCGCCCUACAUCCCCCAGAUUCAAGGUGUAGACCCCUCUCUGCAGAUUGAGAACAGGAUCCAAGGCUCCUCCCAGCCCGCCCCGGCUGUGAGCAAGCAGCAGAAGUCCCGCGCGUCCAAUUCACGGGAUGAGCGCUUUCGAUCUGAUGUGCACACUGAAGCAGUUCAAGCAGCCCUGGCCAAAUACAAAGAGAGGAAAAUGCCAAUGCCCUCCAAGAGACGCUCCGUUCUAGUGCAGUCCUCCAUGGAAGCAUGCACCCCCCCAGACACUUCGUCGGCCUCGGAGGACGAGGGCUCCCUGCGCCGGUCCGGCCCCCCAAGCGUGGAGCGCUGGUUUAACAGAGUGAUCCAGGGCUCCUCCACCUCCUCCUCCGCCUCCUCAACCUCAUCACACCCAGGAGGGUGGCCUCUCGGCCCGGCCAGCAGCGCUGCAACCACCGCCACUGUGCUGGCAGACCUCAUGGCUCAGUCCCAGAUAGAAAACCACUCUGCCCCCCCAGAUGUGACCACCGGCCUGUCCCAGCGCUCUGUGCAUAUUGAGCGGCCCCAGGUGGCGUCUGUGCGAGGGGUCCCGCGAGGCCUCCACAACACCACCAUCCUUGAGACUGCGGACGGCUUCCUUCCUCCAAUACAAGGGACUUCCUCUCUGCUGCAAGACGGUGUCCCAGUGAACAGCCGUGUCUCCUCCAAGAUCCAGCAGCUGCUCAACACCCUGAAGAGACCCAAGCGACCCCCGCUGAGAGAGUUCUUCCUGGACGACUUCGAGGAGCUGCUGGACGUCCAGCAGCCAGACCCGAACCAGCCCAAGCCUGAGGGGCCGGCGAUGUCCCCGCUGACAGGGGAGCCCCCCGGGGUCGUGACGAACUGGCCCCCCUCCCUCCUGGCUGCCAUGCAGCGUUGGGGAACCACUCAGCCCAAAACUCCCUGUCUCACCGCACUGGACAACUCUGGGAAACCAGUCUACACCCUCACAUAUGGUAAGCUGUGGAGCCGCAGUGUGAAGCUGGCGUACACUCUACUGAACAAGCUGAGCACCAAGAAUGAGCCCCUCCUGAGGCCAGGAGACCGGGUUGCGCUCGUGUUCCCAAACAAUGACCCAGUCAUGUUCAUGGUUGCGUUCUAUGGCUGUCUGCUGGUGGAGCUGGUCCCAGUUCCCAUUGAAGUGCCGCUGACUCGGAAGGACGCGGGGAGCCAGCAGAUCGGAUUCCUGCUGGGCAGCUGCGGGGUCACCCUGGCUCUCACCACUGACGCCUGCCAGAAGGGCCUGCCCAAAGCACAGACUGGGGAGGUGGUGACGUUCAAAGGUUGGCCUCGUUUGCUCUGGUUUGUGACGGAUGGGAAGCACUUGGCGAAGCCCCCAAAAGACUGGCACCCCCUAGUUCGAGAUGCCAGCAACGACAUCGCCUACAUAGAGUACAAGACCAGCAAGGAGGACAGUACCAUGGGCAUCGCCGUGUCUCACUCCGCCAUGCUGGCACACUGCCACGCCCUGACGCAGGCCUGCGGCUAUGCAGAGGCUGAAACCAUCACCAACGUGCUGGACUUCAAGAGGGAUGCGGGUUUGUGGCACGGGGUUCUGACGAGUGUUAUGAACAGGAUGCAUGUGAUCAGUAUCCCCUACUCCCUGAUGAAGGUCAAUCCCUUGUCCUGGAUACAGAAAGUGCACUCCUACAAAGCGCGCGUGGCGGUGGUGAAGUCACGGGACAUGCACUGGUCCCUCCUGUCACAGAGAGACCAGCGGGACAUCAGCCUCAGCUCCCUGCGCAUGCUGAUCGUAGCCGACGGGGCCAACCCCUGGUCGAUCUCGUCGUGUGACGCCUUCCUGAACGUCUUCCAGGCGCGCGGGCUGCGCCCCGAGGUCAUCUGCCCCUGCGCCACCUCCUCCGAGGCCCUCACUGUCGCCAUCCGCAGACCCCCGGAGAUGGGCGUACCCCCCCCUGGGAAGGCAGUGCUCUCGAUGACUGGGCUGAGUCACAGCGUGAUCCGUGUGGACAGUGAGGAGAAGCUCUCCGUGCUGACCGUGCAGGACGUGGGUCAGGUCAUGCCAGGGGCUCUGGUGUGCGUGGUGAGGGUGGAGGGCACCCCAUACCUGUGCAAGACGGACGAGGUAGGAGAGAUCUGCGUCGGCUCCAACACCACUGGCAUCGCCUACUAUGGGCUGCCGGGCAUCACCAAGAACAUCUUCGAGACCAUUCCUCUGACCGCUGCAGGGGUUCCCCUCACUGACCGGCACUUCACCAGGACUGGCCUGCUAGGCUUCGUGGGGCCGGAUAAGCUGGUUUUUGUGGUGGGGAAGAUGGAUGGUUUGAUGGUGGUUAGUGGGCGGAGACACAACGCUGAUGACAUCGUCGCCACAGCGCUGGCAGUGGAGCCAAUGAAAUUUGUUUACAGAGGAAGGAUUGCAGUGUUCUCGCUGGCAGUGCUCCAUGAUGAGAGGGUUGUGGUGGUUGCAGAGCAGCGUCCCGACGCCUCGGAGGAGGACAGUUUCCAGUGGAUGAGCCGAAUCUUGCAGGCCAUUGACAGUAUCCACCAGGUGGGGGUAUACUGCCUGGCGCUGGUUCCUGCCAACACGCUGCCCAAAGCCCCGCUGGGGGGGAUCCACAUCUCGGAGACCAAGCAGCGCUUCCUGGAGGGGGCGCUGCACCCCUGCAACGUGCUUAUGUGCCCCCACACCUGCGUCACGAACCUGCCCAAGCCCAGGCAGAAACAGCCCGAAGUGGGCCCUGCGUCGGUGGUGGUGGGGAACCUGGUGGCUGGGAAGAGGAUCGCUCAGGCCUGUGGGAGGGAUGUGGCCGCGCUGGAGGACAAUGACCAGGCACGCAAGUUCCUGUACAUGCAGGACGUGCUGCAGUGGAGGGCCCAGGCUACGCCGGACCACCCUCUCUUCCUCCUACUCAACGCCAAGGGCACAGUCGCCAGCACAGCCACCUGCCUGCAGCUUCACAAGCGAGCAGAGAGGGUAGCCUUGGGGCUGAUGGAGAAGGGGCGUCUCAAUACGGGGGACCACGUGGCUCUAGUGUACCCGCCAGGUGUGGACCUUAUAGCCACGUUCUACGGGUGUCUGUAUGCGGGCUGCGUGCCAGUCACUGUACGCCCCCCCCACCCUCAAAACCUGGCCACCACCCUGCCCACUGUCCGGAUGAUUGUAGAGGUCAGCAAAUCCGUAUGCAUCCUCACCACACAGGCAAUAAUGAAGCUGCUGAAAUCCAAAGAGGCAUCUGCAGCCGUCGAUGUGAAGAGCUGGCCGAUUAUACUGGACACAGAUGACUUGCCAAGAAAGAAGCCCCUUCAGAUUUACAAGCCACCGACUCCGGAGAUGCUGGCGUACUUGGACUUCAGUGUCUCCACAACAGGGAUCCUUGCAGGAGUGAAGAUGUCCCACGCUGCCACCAGUGCCUUGUGUCGCUCCAUCAAGCUACAAUGUGAGCUGUACCCCUCUCGACAGAUCGCUAUCUGCCUGGACCCCUACUGCGGCCUAGGCUUUGCUCUCUGGUGCCUCUGCAGCGUGUACUCUGGUCACCAGUCUAUCCUGGUGCCCCCUCUUGAGUUGGAGAGUAACGUGUCUCUGUGGCUGUCUGCAGUCAGUCAGUUCAAGGUGCGCGUCACGUUCUGCUCCUACUCUGUCAUGGAGAUGUGCACCAAGGGGCUGGGCACGCAGACCGACGCGCUGCGGGUGAAGGGGGUGAACCUCUCCUGUGUGCGCACCUGCAUGGUGGUAGCAGAGGAGAGGCCCCGCAUCGCUCUCACUCAGUCCUUCUCCAAGCUCUUCAAAGACCUGGGCCUGUCCGCCCGAGCGGUCAGCACCACCUUCGGCUGCCGGAUCAACGUGGCUGUGUGUCUGCAGGGUACAGCGGGUCCGGACCCCACCACAGUGUACCUGGACAUGAGAGCUCUGCGCCACGACAGGGUUCGAUUGGUUGAGAGAGGCUCCCCACACAGCCUGCCACUGAUGGAGUCAGGAAAGAUCCUGCCCGGUGUGAGGGUUAUCAUUGCGAACACAGAGACUAAAGGACCGCUGGGAGACUCGCACUUAGGAGAGAUCUGGGUGAGCAGCCCUCACAACGCCACCGGCUACUACACCGUGUACGGGGAGGAGGCUCUGCACGCCGAUCACUUCAGCACCAAGCUGAGCUUCGGAGACACGGCCACAGUGUGGGCACGCAGCGGCUACCUGGGCUUCCUGCGCCGCACCGACCUCACCGACGCCAGCGGGGAGAGGCACGAUGCCCUGUACGUGGUGGGCUCCCUGAAUGAGACGCUGGAGUUGCGGGGGAUGAGGUACCACCCCAUCGACAUAGAGACAUCCGUGAUCAGAGCACACAAGAGCAUCGCAGAGUGCGCGGUGUUCACAUGGACGAACCUGCUUGUGGUGGUGGUGGAGCUGGACGGCUCGGAGCAGGAGGCUCUGGACCUGGUGCCGCUGGUCACCAACGUGGUCCUGGAGGAGCACUACCUCAUCGUGGGUGUGGUGGUGGUGGUGGACCCCGGCGUGAUCCCCAUUAACUCGCGGGGGGAGAAGCAGCGCAUGCACCUGCGGGACGGCUUCCUCGCGGACCAGCUCGACCCCAUCUACGUGGCUUACAACAUGUGAGGGAGCAGAAAGCAGCACCGAGACACACACCAGGACUACUGACAGCAAAGGAGUCUCCCUGCUUCUUCACCCACACCUUAGGAUGUGCAGCUUUUGCUUUGGUGUACAGAAUUUCCAUUUUAGACUGUGGACAGACCUUUUUUUUUAACAUUUUAUUUUGAAUGUCAGUAUUGUUUCCCAGAUGCACUGCCCUCCAUUUGGAGCCCAGUGGAGUCAGACUCCAGACUAAGUCACUUCCCCGCUUCGCUCCCCUUGCGUUCCAUGAGUUGUUUUUCCAGACAAGAGGAUCCCCCCUCUCCCCUCAACAAUCGUGGGUAUUUUUUGGCACAAUUUCAUUUGUCAGCCCUGGGACCUCUGCUGACCAGGAUUUUUUCAAGAUUGGUACCAAGAUCAACACAGUGAAUGAGGGCCAAAUCAGAACUUUGUUUUAAAAACAGCUUGCAACAAUAUGAAGAAUGUGAAUUUUAUUCUUUUUUUUGCACAAAAAAGUGUUCGCUUUUUAUGAACGAGAAUAGUUUAUCCAUGAUGCAUUUUAUUUAACAUUGCCCAUCUCCCACGAGAUGCUAUAGUUCUAUAUUUUAAUUAAUUUACUGCUUUUUUUUUUUUUUUUUAAUAUUAAGCUAAGCCGGACGAACGAUAAAAAGAUUUCAGAAACUGUUCGAGUUUAAGAUGGACUGUGGAAGCAACACACACAAUACAACCCGCUGGCUCCCUGACUCCAUGCUGUAGCUGUGCUGUUAGCUUGUGUGCUUGUAGACCAGUCUUGGACUCGUCUUGUAAUUAUGUACAGACCUUGCGUAACUUAUGACUGUGAUUGUGGAAGUGGGCGUGGCAGCCGCUGGACUGACAGACAUUCUGACUCACCUACAGUUUAAAUGUUGUAGUUUUUGUUUUAUAGCUUAAAACAAACAAAAAAAGACAAAAAAAGCCUUGUAAGAUUUUGUAUUAAGAAAUUGGUGACAGUGAGACUGGACUGGUUGCCUUGUAAAACAGAAAGCACAUUAAAGCAUUUUAAAAUGAAAA